AUGUCCUUGGGUGAGCGGAGCAGAGGAGGCCAGGCAGUGCCAGGAGUCAGUCAAGGUAAGGACCCUGAAUAUCUACCAAGGGCCCCUACCCACACCAGAACAGAAGGGACAGCACAGUGGCCAACCUCACACACCCUACUGUUUGACCUGGAAUCUGCAGGCCGUGCCAGCUGGCUACACCCUGAGGAAAUUUCUCAGGUCUUCCAACAGGUUCUUAGGGGACAGAUGAAUCAGGAAGACAGGAGACCCCUUGAGCACUAUCUAAGGGAAGACCUGUUAAGAUGGCCUUUGUCAGAACUGACAAGGUUGAGUUUCUCACACUCUUCCUCUCUCCCUCAGGCCAAUUGGCACCCAUCACCCACCUUCUGCCCACACUCCUGCCUGCUGCCCCCAACACAAGUCAUCAUACCUCACGGUCAGAAGAAUCAGUGCUGCAAGCUUGAACUAGACCUUCAGGCCCAAAGAGAGGUUCAGGGCCUGAUGGGUGCAGAGGUUCCUGUAGCUGAGGGGAAGGAGGUCGCCUCCUCCUCUGUCUCUCCUUUGAUCCAGGGCACCCCAGAGGUGGUGCCUGCUGCUGGAACAACAAGUCUUCCCCAGAGUUCUCAGAAAACCUGCUCCUCCCCCACUGCCAUCAAAGCCACUCCAUUGAGCAAAUCAAAUGAGGGCUCCAGCAGCUGAGAAGAGGGUCCGAGCACUUCUCAGUCUCCAACAGAUCCUAAGUACUUGCUCAGUGAUGAGCUAAACAAGAAGGUGGCUGAAGCGGUGCAGUUCCUGAGUGUUAAGUAUAUAACAAAGGAGCCCGUCACAAAGGCAGAGAUGCUGAAGAGUAUCAUCAGAGAGCACCAGGGCCACUUCCCUGCAAUCUUCAGGAAAGUCUGUGAGUGCAUGGAGGUUGUCUUUGGCAUUGAAGUGAAGGAAGUGGAUCCUACCAGCCACUCCUAUGUGCUCAUCAAAACACUAGACCUCACCUAUGAUGGGAUGCUGACUGAUGACCAGGGCAUGCCCAAGACAGGCCUCCUGAUACUUAUCCUGGGUGUGAUCUUCAUCGAAGGCAACCGUGGCCCUGAGAAGAGGAUCUGGGAGGUGCUGAAUAUGAUUGAGGUGUAUGCUGGGAGGAAGGAUUUCAUCUAUGGGGAGCCCAGGAAGCUCAUCACCAAAGAUUUAGUGCAGGAAAAGUACCUGGAGUACUGGCAGAUGCCCAACAGCAAUACUCCAUGCUACAAAUUCCUGUGGGGUCCAAGGGCCCAUGCUGAAACCAGCAAGAGGAAAGUCCUGGAGUUUUUCGCCAAGGUCAGUGGGGCUGACCCCACUUCCUUCCAAUCCUGGUAUGAGGAAGCUUUGAGAGAUGAGAAAGAGAGAGCCCAGACGAAAGUUGCCACCACCGAUGGUACUACUGCUAUAGCCAGUGAAAGUUCCAGUGUCACAUCUAGCGGCUUCUCCUGCCUUGAGUGAAUUCUGAGGGAGAUUCUCCACUCUGUGUUUGAAGAGGUCAAUUAAGGUUCUAAGCAGUGGAGGGUUGAGUUGAAGAUUUUAUCUUUUUUUGCUUUUUGGUAUUUUUCAAAUGUUCUUCCUUGUAAAAGGAUUAUUAGUUUCAGAGUCUAGGUGUAUUAAUGACAUUGGUUACAUAUUUAUUGCUGCUUAUCAGAUUUAAGAAUAAGAAUUUUGCCAUUCCGUAAAACAAAUUCAGAAGCCUUCCAUCUUAUUUUGUGGCCUGAUGCAGGAUAGCAUGGCAUUGGAAUAGGAAUUUCCUUAAAAAUGUGAAAGAGCCCAGCAGUAAAAUAGAUGGGAUCAAGAAAUAGGGAAAAAUAUGAAAGAUGAUUAUCCCAGGA